AAAUGAAAAUUCGUUCUUGUGCUAAAAUCACUGAAAUUUAUUUCAUCUUGUGUCACUCUAGAGUUACCAUUUUUCAUAAAUAAACAUUGAGCAUUGCGAUUAAAAACAUCCUGCUUACAUCCUGCAUUACAAACGACUGCUUCAUUUUCAUACCGUAAUCGGAAGCGCUUACUAAAUGCAGUUUUACAUAAACCGCUUCGUAGAAUCUCGCGUCGUGAUAGCGCUGAUAUUCCCCAUCGCGUCACGUACACCAAGAAAUAAUAUGUAUAAUACAUCUUUUUCGUGCAUCAUCAAUGAAUCCCUGGCGUUUGCAUCUCAUGCGAUUAGGGAGCAAAUUUAUUCGCGGAACGUUGCAAUUCAGAAUGCAUCGAUUUGAAAAAACGAAGCUAAGUACUAACCAAGAUUUACCGAGAUGACGACACGUAUCGACAAGUUAAAGCAAAAUGACAAGAUUAAUGAUUCACUGUUAAUUUGUCGCUGCUCUCGUGUUCUAUAAAUCGUGAAAUUUGCGAGACUCGUUUCGCUCGCACCUAACCAUUUUACCGUUGAAUAACAAAGUGCGUCAGCACGUCUGCGAUGCUUCAACUUGCACACUAUGUCGCACAUCAUGCUACAAACACGUAAUCUAAAUACCUCGAACGAUCACGUAAGAAUACGCGACAUCGAUACGCGCGUUUGCCAUUCCGGCUUAUCGACAGUCUUCCACCUUACAUCCUGGCUCAAUAACGCAAUUAUGCGUAUGAUUUCGAACACUUGAAUGGCAAAUAGGCGCAAUGAAUGAUGUAACUGCAACUAUCACGUGGACCAGAAGAGAUCUCGGAAAUUCCUCGAUGAUUAUUACGUUGCUGUUCGUAUUCAAAUACCGAUUACAUCUAACACGUGUUUUUGUCAAAAAUAAAGAACAUUAUUGUCAAAAUAUAUUUUCAAAGUAAAAAUCUAUCAAUUGGCAUAUUUUAUACAGACUUAUCUUGUCGAGCUAUGUGUAUUGCAAUGCACAUCCGUAAAUUGUUACAAGUACAUGGAAUUAUUGCACUAAUCGAUCAAUCAGGCCUAUCAAUUGCUAAAUAUACAGAUUUACAUAUUUAUAAAUCUAAAGAUACGUACAUAAAACGGGUUCUCUCCCACUUCUUAUAUUACGCACAAGUAUAGAUCUCAUUCGCAGCAAAUGAAUAGAUGAAAAUAUUGAUAUUAUAAUACUUUGAAAACAAUGAUAUUAAUCAUUGAAUAGCACAAUCCAGCAAACUACCUUUCACAUCGAUUCGAUAAUUCGAAAAGGACAUCUCGUAGGUAGAGAACAAGGGCAAAGGGUUAAUCACCCCGGGAGCUCGCUAUAUAUUGAUCUCUCAUUCUUCACCGCCCUUUCCCUUGCCUCUCACGGCACACGGUUCAGUCCUCUCCCUUCAUUUCGAAGCGUACUACCGUGGCGUCUGCGUACUCCUUGCGUGUCCACGCACGCGUUUACCCGCACGCGUCGGGCGAGCGGGAUACCUCGGGAUUGCGCGGAGUCACUGCUCAUGCUCGGUGAGAACCCUGGAGUCUCCCUCGUGAUAUUUCCCUCGUUGGCAUUUCCCAGUGAAAAGCGAUUUACUCGAUCGAAAAUGCUCGGUCGCUUUACAUUUCGUGUGCCGAUUCGCAAUCGCGCCAGGAAAUAUCAUACUACGUAACGUCUAUCGCACUAGACGUUUGUGGUACGGCCAACAUCCCGGGAAGAUCCAUUCCCGUGGAGGUAACCGGUCGAUCGAGCCAAGGUUACAACAACAAGUGUCUCGAAUAAAGUGCGUUGUGUGGGAUUCGACGGCGAUGGGAAUCAUCUCGAAUCGGGAUCCGAUUUGACAGCAUUCCAUGAUGAUUUGUCGAUGACAGCAAGUGUGUGUGUGUGUGUGUGUGUGUGUGUGUGUGUGUGUGUGUGUGUGAGUGAGCGAGUGUGAAUAAAAGAAUCAAAGCGAUCUAAAUGCAUUGCUGGCUGGAUUAACCGAUAACGGAACCGUUGACUGUCGAUAUUGGAUUCCAAGGUAGCAUCGAUGCUUAUGUAAUUGCACGUGAUAAGAGAGUGGUAAACUUCGGAGGUUCCGACUCGAAAAAGACGUUUUAAUGAGAGGAUUAUAUGCUCUUAUCAUUCAGUAAAUGCAUCAGAGACACUAUAGAGCGUGACAUUGUCUUAUGAAUUUAUAUAUGACAUAGACGUAGAUCGAUAAUCGCCUGUUGCGGCGCGUAAUGCCUACGAAGACGAUUAAUGAAGCAGAGGGAAAACAAUCGGAAAUGGUUCCAGAUAAUUAGAGACAUUAAUACCUAAUAUAAGGAUCUAAUAUUAUAGUGUCUGAAUUUGACUUGAAAAUUGAGACAGAAACAACUGAAUAAAAAGACUCGUUAUGCCUUACGAUAGGUAGAUAAGACCAAAAUAAUCCACGACGUGACGAUCAUAUUAGAAAUUGUAACAAUAACCAGGCGCAAAAAGUACUCGUCGUAAGACAGCAAGAAACCCAAAAGUAAAGAAUGAUUGUUACAAACGCAGUCAAUAAAUUGCUACGAUGGGCGAAGCAAUAAGGAUCACAGCAAUAAGACCAGACCAGACAAUCGACAGGGCAGUAAAAGUCUCUUAUCAGCCGCAGCACCAGAUGAGUGAGAAAGGUCAAGGAAGAACAUCGCGGGAAAAACUAGAAGGAAAAGAAGGUAAAAUCACCAAACGGCUCCCCCGUUCCCGAAGAGUGGCACACAUUGCACCGUUACGCGUUACAACUCGUUCGAUCGCAACGACUACCAACGGAGAUCAAGGGGCACGGACGACGGACAAAGAGAUGAUCUCGUCGGGUGGCAGCGCGACAGCAACACCUACGCACGCUGCCGCGGCACGAGUAAAGCGGCAACGCUCCUCUGGAGCUACGUGCAGCCGUAACCCGUAAUUCCCUCCACGCCAGUUUCCCAUCCCCGGCGUACUACGCCCGAAGCCGCGUGGCGCUGGCUUCGUGCCUCGGAGGCGGCGGCGGCUGCACUCCUCCACCGUCACGACCACCACCGCGCCGGCGAACAUCGGGCCACCACCGUACCAUCCCCUGCUGACGGCGGACCGAUGACAGCCGAGGCGUCAGUCGUCAGUGCGCCAGCGUGCUGCGUGGAGUGGAUCGCGCACGCGUUACGUGCGGGGCAGCGAACGCGUGGACGACCAGCUGUCAAACUCCUUGCGCGUCGUUCCGGCGUGCUUUCUGAGCUGAACGCUCGAGCUGCUGAAAACCGGUGGUCGGUUCUCGUCCUUCGUGAGUUGUUGCCCAGUUGUGGCUCAUGAUUGAGUGAUUUCUGACGGGAGCGAGAGGGGAGGGGUCCUCCUCACGGACACCGCGCGAUUAUAAUUCACCGCAUGCACGGUCGGGUUUAUCGUAAGAUGCGCGUCACCCUCGCCGCCUCAAAACCGGCGUCGAACCGUCCGGAUGUCCGAUGCACGCACGUGAGUGACUCGUGAAAGGCGAAGCGCAACGGAGGAGAGCAUACGCCGUUUUUGCUCUUUCUCUUUUCUUUUUUUUUCUUCUUAUUUUCCGUUCCCGUUAAAAGCGCGAUGACGGAGCUCGCCAAGGAGGCGUUCACCUCGCGCAACUACCACCUGGCGGUCGAGCUGUACGAGCGGUGUCUGAAGCAACAAGGUUCCGGCUACGAGGUGCUGCUCGGCUACGGUGACUCCCUGGCCAAGUGCGGUCGCAUCAGGGAGUCCAUCGGGAUAUACUCCAGGUGUCUGGCCGCGACGUCGGUGCCGGUCGAGAGACUGAAGCAUCUGGCGACCGCGCUUCUGGAGGACAUGGUCGAUGCCGCGGCGAUCUCCAGACGGAGGAUCGACGCGUCCUUCGCGUGUUCACUGUGCGAAGGCACUCUCUGCCAGCCGGUGACCGUCGGUUGUGGUCACACAUACUGCAGGAACUGCGCGGACUCGGCGAAGAACUGUCGCGCGUGCGGGACAAAGAUUGCCACUGUGAGUGAGACGAAUGUGCUCGUGCAGAGACUCGUGGAGAGAUGGUGGCCGCGAGAGAUGGAGGCGAGCCGGGCCAGGCACGAGGGUGAUAUCCUCGUGAGGAAGGGCCACCUGGAACAAGCACUCGAUAGGUACAACCUGGCGGUCCAUCUUGCACCGAAUAGUCCGCUCCACCUUAGCAACAGGGCUCACGUCUUGCUCCUGUUGAAUAGACCUUUAGCCGCUCUCACGGACGCUGAUCAUGCAGUUAGAUUACGGCCAGACUGGGGCAAGGGACAUUACAGAAGAGGGAUUGCUUUAUCGGCGCUUGGAAGGCAUGAAGAAGCGCUUUAUGCUCUCUGCAUCAGCGUGGCCAUCGACAAAAAUCCUCAAGCUGUACGUUACGAGUUGACCAAGGUUCUGCAUCGAGUGCUGUCGCCCGGAGUACGUCGACAGAAUGUCCUGUCGUCACGCACGCCAUAUAGCCUAACGAAGGCGAUGUCGCGCACGAGGAACCAUCAUCAGCUAAUGAAUCCCAAGCGUUGUCGACGACUUGCCCUGAACAGGUCCGAUUGCGAGGACAACAGCAGCGAUGAAGAAGGGUUCACUCAAAGCAUAAAUAGAAGACUUCGAUCAUCCAUCCUGCCGCAGAUCAACACGAAGGUACAGGCAAAUCUGGAUCGUGUUUACCAACAUAUAGAGAAAUUGAAAAGAGUCGAGCCGAGACCUGCCGAAAUCCUGUUGCCACCCCUUUCGGGCGGCACUGCUGGAGAAUUGGAUUGCAUCUUGUGUUGCCGUCUGCUCUGGAAACCUGUCACGACGCCGUGCGGUCACACGUACUGCUGGAUGUGCCUGGAUCGCUGCCUGGAUUAUUCCUCGGCCUGUCCUUUAUGCGUCACAUCUUUGGCCGACUAUUUAGCCAGCAGCCAGAAAACCGUGACGGACUUUGUGGAGAGAGCGCUUAAAACGGUGGCGCCCGCGGAAUAUACCUCCAGAGCGGUGAGUCAUCAGCUCGAACUGGUCCAGGGACUGGGUCUUUUGGGUAAUGAACAGAUCGCCGUCUUCAUCUGCACGACCGCUUUUCCCUGCGUCGCCUGUCCUCUCUUCGUCUACGAGCCUAGGUACAGGCUAAUGGUCAGAAGAUGCGUGGAAAGCGGAAUGCGCCAGUUUGGCAUUGCCGCGUGUCUGAACAAGGAGGCAACGGGCACCAAAAGAUACGCGGAGUAUGGCACCGUUCUGGACAUUCGGGAUCGAGUAUUGCUGAAAGAUGGCUGCAGUAUUCUCAGCACGGUCGGUGGUAGAAGAUUUAGGGUACUUUCCGGUGGGGAGAAAGAUGGUUACGACACGGCACAGAUAGAAUUUCUCAGGGACACCGUCGUACAGGAGGAUCAAUUAUUAAAUCUUCUAGAGCUUCAUGAUAAGGUACGAGCGAAAGGCCGACGAUGGUGGGACACCGUGCCAACUUCACAGAAAUUUGAGAUCCAGCGAGUAUUCGGACGUAUGCCGGACACGGAGGAAGAUUGGCCGCGUUUGCCAGACGGUCCGUCAUGGGCAUGGUGGCUGAUCGCGAUCCUUCCAUUGGGACCGCAGCUACAAGUGGGUAUCUUGGGCACUACCAGUCUAGAAAAGCGAUUGCGAGCCAUCGAAAAGACUCUCGAUCACGUGGAGCAGAGACAACCGACCGUUGCAGCCGCACCUUCCGAACAGACGGCGACGUCUUCGAGCAUCUGCAGCGAUAGGCGGGCAAUCACCGAGACGGCGAUGUCGGUCGUUCAACAAUCGUAGAGAGCAACGAAGCAUUUUCAACUUCGGAAGCAAGCUCGAUUCGUCGUUUCGUGGCCUGAAAGUAGAACCGCCGCGAAUCUUCUAUGCCACUUUCCGUGAAGAAACUUUAACCCAUUAAAGGCCAUAAUUAUAUUGUGCAAACGUUUCUUGCGAAAGCCGAUUAGUUUUAUUUCUUAUUUUUAUAUGAACGACGACGAUACAAGAUUAUUUUUGUUAUUAUAUAGACCUUAUUCGGCAUGCAUUAGAUCCUAAAAUUGUUUUACACGAAUAUUAUUUAUUAUACUUAUUUAAUUUUAGUCAUCAUAAAAAUUGUGUCCCGAAAAUACAAUGUUAGCCGUUAAUGGAUUCAAUGGCAAAAGUAGUGAUCUGAAACAAGAGAAAUUAUUUAAAAAUUCUGAAAAUUUAUUCUGAAUAACUCGGAGAGUUAUUCAGAGUUAUUGGCAGAGCAAGUUUUGACGUAUCAUUCUGCAAAAUUGAUCAAGAUGUGCACACAAUCGUCAGUUUUAUCCAUUUUCCUGCCGACUGCAAACUUGGAAAACUGCAUUUACUAAGCUCAUAUUUCUGGUCUUAUCGAAUUAUAGCGCGAGACAUGAUGUCUCCCAAGUCUCCCACGGGAGGCCAUUCUUGUCAUUUACGUUCUAAGCUGUUAAUUAAGUCGGUUGAAUCUUUUUUCUACGUCGAUCUCUCGUUCGUCGUCCUCGCGACGUGAUUCCUCGAUUGAUCCUUCGUACUCGACGUACAAAGUGUCUGUAAGUUCUCGAAAUGUCCCGUAAGAAAAUUGGGUCGAUCGAUCGAGAAACGCACUUAUUUCUUGAUUUCAUUCGACGGGAAAUUUCGAGCGGUUCCUUCUCUCUCUUCUUAGGUCUAAGUUAAGUUUCAAUCUGAGCACUUGGCGUCUCGUGCUCGUUAAAUUUCCUGCAGGGCGCCUUACCGACAAGGCGAUAAAAAUUAAUAAAUAUUACAAAAUGAAUAAACAAAAAGAAUAAAAAGUAAAAUAAUUCGUUUGAAAAUAUCAGAGAAUGUGAUAUAAUUAUUAUUAUUAUUUUUGACUAAUUUGAAGAAUUAUUGGCAAAUUUAUGGUAUAAACGAUAUUCAUAUGUACCAUUAUCUCUUAUCUAUUCAUCGUGGUAAAUUCUGUUAAUAUUGUAUUACUGUGUUAUAUAAUUUUCUAUCAACGUUUCAGAAUUAAUUGCAAUGCGAAACAAAAAACAUCAAUGCAAAAAUUGGUAAAGAAUUUUGGUCAUUAAUGGUCAAUUAACAUAUCUAAAGAGAAAAUCUUUGAAAGUAUUUCUCGUUGAUUUUAAUAAGUUUCCAAUAUGAAUAUAUGAAUAUAAACAUACAUACAUAUAUAUAUAUAUAUGUAUCAAUUUUAUAUCGAAGAGAGUUUCAACCAACUUGUUUCAAGAGUGUUUCAACAACUAAUGAAACAUGUAUUACACAAAAUUCCUGUAUUUUCGUGCAAUGUAUGUGUAUUUUUAUUUUAAUAUGUAUCGCAACAUAUUCCAAAUUCAACAGAAUUGUAAUAAUUUCAAAUGUUUCUUUAUAAGAAAAUAGGACAUCGUAUUUCUUCGGUAAGGCACUCCAAGUCCGUUUGCGCUAUCGCAAUAUACAAAUCUGUUCUUCCAAAAUAGAAAUAUAUAUAUAUAAUAUAUAUAUAUAUAUAUUAUAUAUAUCUACAUAUAUAUGUAUACACACAUAUUUAUGUAUACACCUACGAACACGUGACAAUCGGAAGCAAGCGGUCCUGCUUUGGAUAUUUAAUUAUGUCAUUUUCAAGUGAUAUUUCAGAAUUAUGUUUGUUAUGUAUAAAAUGUCUUAACAAAACGCUUUUACAUUUCGUGAAAAAAAUAUCAUUAAAUCUCUGAUAAGGAUAUAUUAAUUGUAAAUUCGUUAGAAAUUAGUAACAGAAGUAUUAGCAUUCACUAUUUCGACAAUAUGAAUGAGAUAUCACAAGUACAUUAAGAGACUCGCUUCCGUUUCACGUAAAUGCAUGGAAAUCUCGUGAAUUUCUUGCAAAAAUUACUUAGCGAAUGCAUCAAGUAAAAACUUUUUUAGUAAAAUUUACUCUCGAAAUAAACGUUUGCAUAUUAAAAGCUGUACUUUUGUUUGUACAACAUAAUUAAAAUCAACUUGUUCAAAAUUAUAAUAUUCAUCGCUUUUACAUUAAAAUAAUGGUUAUCUUUCAUCGGUUUCUUGAAAAUGCUAAAGAAGGUGAGAAGUGAAGAUGAAAUUAUAUGGAAAUAUAUCUCAAAUUUGCAUAUCAUCGAAUGGACACCUUUACGAUUUCGCGAAAAAUAAACAUAUAAUAAUAUAAAUUAUCGAAGCACGCUGAUGUUGACUGACUUUUCGGCCAUUGAUUCGUAAUGUGAUGUACUUAUCAAAAUGAUACUUGCAUAUUUACUGAUGCAUUCGCUCCACGAAUUUGCCGGUACAAUCACGCGCGCAAAUGCGAUUGUAGAAAGAAAUUUAAUAACCGAAACGAGUUUAUCCAAAAAAGUUCUCGCAAAUGAUCUCAGACGUAGAGAUUUCUUUCGGUUCUUCAACGACAGUGCACAAUCGCGAAUUCCGAUCGGGAAUAUUUCAUCGGGGAUCAGAUCAAGAUCGACCACUGCGCGGAAUUCACACAAUGACGAACGGUCCGCGUGUUCCGCAGUCCGAAAUCCUGAAUUCCUUUUGUAUCGCUUAGAUUUAUUCUGUCGCUCGUAAGACUUUUCGAGUACGUUAGCAUAUAAUAAUUUAUUCUCAACGCAGCUUUUCGUGCCGUCGAGACACUGCGAUCGCCUGAGGAGCUAGAAAUGUCAUAUCAAUCGCGUAAUCGAGUACUUGUGAGAAAUAGUACAAUUGUCAUUAUUAUUACCGCAAAUAAACAUAAUUUUAUUUUUUGGUGUUUUUAUGUAAUUUUUUAUAUUUUUUAUAUAUUUAAAAGAAGAAUUUCAUCGAGAAAAGAUAUCUGAAGAAAAAUGUGUUUCUCAGCGUUUUAAUGGUCAUUAGUUUACGUUUGUUAUUUAAUUUGCUAUCAUAAUUGGCUGGUGAUUAUUAUAUCUAAAUAAUUUUGCGUAAUAAUGACGACAAUUGUUACAAUUCGAUGUAUCUUGAGUAUAUCUUGCGAAAGUAUAACAAAGUAAAGAUAAGAGGCAGGGGGGGGGGAGUUUUUUUUAUUCUAACGUCUUAUAUCGCGUACAUACACUCCGUUCGUCUCUGCGGCAAUUCAAUGAGAAGCAUCCUCUAUCUCUAGAUUUAUAUUCUAUUCUCUAGACGUUUAUGAAAUUGUGAAUCAUGCAUUGUGAUAUUACUAUAUAUAGCCUACCUUAUAUGUAUAUUGUUAUUGCUACGUUACAACUAUUACUAUACGUAAUAAUGCCACACGACUUUCCAUUUUUACUUCGACAUUUCUAUAUUUAUCUUCAUCUCUUCAUAUGAAAAAUAUUCUAAUAAAAUAUCACGAAG